GUUGUACUUGGCUUUUCCCUGGGAAUGCUCUCCAAGUCCUGCCAGAGGGAGUCGAAUAGUUGAGUGGAAUCCUGAACGGGCAGGACAGAAAGAAAUGUGUUGCCUGGUGCUUCCUGUGACUGUCCAUGCAGAUCAUACUAAAGAAAUAGUCAAAGAAAUUCUCUCUCUAACUGGUUGAUCCAACUCCAAUACCACGGAUUCCUGGAUAUGGUCAAGCCAGCACAGAGAUAAUUUUUCAUGGGCUUUAUGAGGAUUGCAUUUGCCACAGAAGAUCUGAAGCCUAUUAAGCCCUGAUGAGGACCAAUACCUUUCAUUUUGUACAGAGAGGAAAAAUGUGCUGAGCCCAGGAGCUCAAGUGAGGCAGGAGCUGUGCCCGUGGUGUGGGAGAUGCCAAUCAAUAGGGCGUGAUUGAGUGCUCCAUUAUAACCUUACACCGAAACCUGGUUCCCGUAACAGCUGCUGGAGUUUAAAAGCCAUCUGUAAACUUCAGCAGGAGCUAACCAGUGCCCAGAACAACACUGGGCUGCAAUUCCAUCAGUGGCACCCUGCCAGCAUCUGCACUUUGUCUGGGUGAGCCAAACAAACAUCACACCAAACAUGUUUUCAAGGGAAUAGCUUCACUGGACUGGCUCUCAGAACCUACAUCUUCGAUGUUUUAAGAAAAAUACAACAUAAAAACAGACACAAAACUGACCUGUUGGUUCCCACCAAGAGAAGAGUCUCUUGUUUUCGUUCUCAGCUGCAAACUCGAAGAAAGAAGCCUGGAAGGUUGUUUCUAAAUGGCUGAGCAGGUUCAAACAAGGCAAGAACCCUCAACAGAUUGAAGAGGUGCCCAUGAAGAACUUUCAUGAACGUUACAUAAAACACGAGGCUCUUCAAGUAGUUUCUUUUCAUCCAAAGUUCUUUGAUAAAUUAAUAAGGCAUUUAACAAGCCAUUAAUGAAGCAGGAAGUCUUUUAGGCAAAGAGAAUAUUAACUUCAAGUGGGCAAAACUGUGAAAGUGAUUCAGGAAAGUGAAGCCGCCGGAGUGAGCAGACCAGAGACUCUUCCGGAUGAUCACGUAUCUUGCUACAGGUAUCACCAACCUAUCUUUAGGCACCUUCUGGAAAGACAGUUCAUUGAUACCAGCUCCAUCAGCCCAGGAAUUUGUUUGAUGUACUUAAGAGAUUGGUAACAAUAGCUCCUAACGUGACUGCGUUGCGAGGUGACAGCGUUUCCUUGGAGACAGUGAAUCCAUCCAGCCCCGGCUAGGAUCCUUGCAGGUUACCCCUCUCCAGAGGCUGGAGAACUCCCUCCCUAUGCAGGGGCAGAGAUGGGAAGAUAAGCUUUGGCUGUAGACAAAUAGCCUUAUGCAAGAUGUGAGGAUUUUGUGCACCAGCGAGACAUGUCUGAAAGGUAGGAGGGUGAAAGGAGAGCCGGUCCUGUAGUCAUUGCACCGCUUGACAUGCUUUGACAACAAAGAUAGUGUUACAGGAUUGAGUGUCUUUUUAGAAUGUACCAGCCUGUAUUGCUAAUGGAGGUUGUUGUGCAACAAAAACAGGAAUUCAAAUGGGGGAUUUUUUUUUUCUUGGUGCCAUCUUUUGCUGAAAGACAAAAGCUGUCCCAUCAGAAAUGCCUAAUUUGUUGCAAAAGAUGUGUGAAAGGCACAUGGAUUGAGAUGUGGAAUUUGUAUCCACGAAGAAAAUGUUAGUUAAUAUUCUAGGUCUGACUACAAGCAAUGAAAAGUUCAGUAAAUCCUAUCCAUCCUGCUGCUCCAUCCUGAGGGACACACACCCAAUCCCACCGGGUUUAUCACAAGGCAGAGGAAUCAUCAGGCCGAGCUGUGACUCUGGGCUGCCUUCCCCACUUCCUUCUGACUCCUUCAAGUACCUUGGCUGGUGUGACAUAGAGGAACACGAUGUUCGAGGAAAUCAGCUCCGCUGUCCCCGAGUGAGAGAAGGGCCCCCAGAAGAAGAGCUGUUUUUCAGAAGAGAACAACAUACUUUGAAAAAAAGAAAACAAGUAACUGACACAGAGAAAUGGGAGAAGAGGCUGCAAGAGAACUGGGAAAACUGUGCUGAGCUGAACCUUUCAUUCCAGGACCUGGGUGAUGUUUACCAGGUGGAAAACUUCAAGAGGAUUCUCCGAAGAUUAAUUCGGGUGGAAAAGCUUUGGUUGGUGGACAAUUCUUUGACAGACCUCAGUGCCAUAAGGCUGCCAAGAUGCAGAGAAUUAAAUGUCAAUAAAAACCACUUUAGAUCCUUCAAACAGCUGCCAAAGAUCCCUCAGAUUCAGCACUUAUCUCUGGCUGAAAAUAACAUUAUGACACUAAGUGGAAUAUCAGAUUUCAGACACACUCCGCUCGAAUCCCUCAUUCUCAAGAGGAAUCCCUGUGAGUUCCAAGAAAAAUACAGACAACUUGUAUUCUCCAGUUUGCCAAAUCUGAAAAUGCUGGAUGGGAUCCCAAAACUGCCAGAGGACUGUUCACCCCCAGAUAUCAGGUUUUUUUACAAAAUGUGUACUAUACUCUAGCACUGUAUUUUUGGGGGAUCACAACUGUGCUACAACCACCUUGCUGAAAAGAGGCAAUAAAUCCUCCUUAUGGAAGUUACUAUUUUUUUUUUUCUAACCAAAGAGAUAUUGAAGCAGAAAUAUAACAGUUUUGAAUGCAUUUGUGAUACCACAGACUUCAAGUAAGUAUGGAUAUGGAUAUGUAAAUAACACAUAAUGUGUACACUGAGUGUCAUGAGUUCAAUGUAUUAAAACUAUUGGGUGA